GGCGUGGCCAGUCAGACGGGCGCCGACAGCAGCGGCGGAAGGGUCUGUGACGGCCCGCGCCGUGGUGCGCCCUGGACAGCUCGCUCUGAGGCUCAGAGACCGGUGGGACGCAGGUGGAUAGUGGGACCAUGGUGUAACAGACAGCAGCACGAACCGAACUGACGGCUGAUCAGGCGUCAUAAACAGUAGUUGUAUUGGUUUUCGAGUGGACAAGGCAGCCAACGCCUGGCCGCGUGCCUGGUGAACGGCCUGCGUGUGUCGGAGCAAUGAUGAGAGCACUGGCGUGGAUACUGGCAGCUGGUCUUCUUUUUGAAGGCUGCUGGAGCCAGAGUAUCCCUCUGUUCACCAAGGCGCGGACGGGGGUGACGCUGCCGUGCUCGGGCCUGACCGGCCUGGACCGGUCACGGAUCUCGGAACUCACCUGGCUCUGCUAUGGCUGCAUGGAGAGCAUCAUCGUGUCAGCCGAGGCGGCGAUCGAGACGCGUCUGCUGCACUGGCAGGACGGCGUCACCACCGUGUUCCACAAACACGGCCGCGUGCGCCUGCUGGACGACUCGCUGUCGCUGCAGUACGAGCCCGUCAAGGUGGAGGAUAGUGGAGAGUACGUCUGCAAGGUGAACGGCAGGGUCGACGCUGGAGGACUCAUCAGACUCGUCGUGCAAGACGUGCCGUCGAGCCCGGCGCGGCCGCUCAUCACCAACUUCACGUCUCGCUCUGUGUUCCUCUCCUGGAGGCCUGGCAGCAAGCCCAACAACAGCCCCAUCAAACACUACGUCCUACACGUCAAAGCGGGAGAGGAGGGUGACUGGUCGGAGGAGCCCAUCAUCACUCCGGACAACUCGACGUCGUUCGUCAUCUCGGACCUGCAUCCGUACACGGCCUACAGCUUCAGACUGGAGGCCGUCAACGGCAUCGGCAGCUCCGAGAGCGGCAUCGCCUCCUUCCCCAUCAUCACACUCCGAGAAGCGCCCGGCGGCAAGCCCGUGAUUCUGGCAGCGCACAACACCAGUGCCACUGCCGUCCGGGUCCGCUGGAGACCGCUACCCCAACGCGAGCUCCGCGGAGAGUUCCAGGCCUACAAGAUCACAUACAAGGAGAGGAACAACACCAGCUCACCCAUCAAGGAGCUCAAGAUCACCGAGGAAACAGUACAGACUCACACCAUCACCGGUCUGCGUCCAUACACGCAGUACAUCAUCUCGAUACAGGUGGAGAACCCAGCCGGACUUGGACCCAGCUCCACGGUGGUGGUGACCACGGACGAGGGAGUUCCGGAGGCGCCGCGUAACGUCAGCAUCUUGAACGUGACGGACACGACGGUAACCAUCUCUUGGCUGCCUCCGGUCAACCCCAACGGCCUCAUCGAGGGCUACCGCAUCUACUUCACCACCGGCGACUUCACCAACGCCACCUGGAUCAAACUGCCCGUCGAGCGCAUGCAGCACACUCUCACUGAUCUCGCUCCAUUCUCCAACUACUCUAUCUCGGUGAAGGCGUUCACGCGCAGUGUGGAGGGCCGAGAGUCGGUCUCUGUCGCUGUCACCACGGACGUCUCGCCACCGUCGCCGCCGCGGCUCAGCUCGGUCACAUGUAAGGCGGACGGAGGCCUCCUGCUGCGCUGGCGACGACCGCGGGUCUUCAGCGGCGGCAUCGACUACUACGUGGUCAGCUACAGCAGGACGGACGGCGAGCUGCAGGGGCCCGUCACCGACCUGCAGGUCACUACCGAUACUGCCAACGAGGAGAGCAGGUUUCUGCUGCCGAACCUGACCGCCGAGGCUGUGUACGAGGUGCGGCUGCGGGCGGCCACGCGCUCUCUCCACCGUCCCUCUGCUCUGCUCCUCUCUCCUCUCUCGGCUCCUCUGACCGGCCGGCCGCGGCGCCACUGCCGGCGCCGGGGCGACGGUGGCGCCACCUCUGACGUGUGGCGCCGCCUGGGGCGCGGCCAGGAGCUGGACCCGGGCGUCAUCGCCGGCAUCGUGUGUGCCAGCUGCGCCUUCCUGCUGGCGCUGCUGGCACUCGCCAUCUGGAGGCGCUACUUCCAGUCAUCCUACUAUUACCUGGAUGACCCGGUGACCCCCCGGGUUGCUCUGACCUCCGAGCCGGCCUGGCAGCGAGACGGACCGAACGGCACGCAGGGUCCCAUCCCUGCCGACGCCUUUCCAGUGCACGUGGCCACCCUGCACGCCGAUGCCGACAUCGGGUUCUGCAAGGAGUACGACGAGGUGCUGGAGCACACCAUGAAACUGGGGCUGUCCUCGGAGGUAUCACAAACCGAGGAGAACAAACUGAAGAACAGAUACCAAAACAUCGACGCAUACGACCACACUCUGGUACCUCUGCGGCCGCUGCCGGGUCAGCGGCGAGGCGACUACAUCAACGCCAACUACAUAGACGGCUACCUGGUCCGCAACCAGUACAUCGGCGCCCAGGGGCCCCUGACGGGCACCUUCGGCGCCUUCUGGCGACUCAUCUGGGAGCAGCGCGUCCAGAUCGUCGUCAUGAUCACCAACCUCGUGGAGAGGAACAGGAAAAAGUGUGACAUGUACUGGCCCAAGGAGGGCACAGAGGUGUACGGACCGAUUCAGGUGGAACUGCUCGACCAGCGGGAACUGGCUACAUACACCAUACGAAAGAUGCUCAUCAAGCACAUCAAGCACAAGAAGAAGAAGGGCGUCUCUGGCGAGCGCAUCAUCUACCAGUACCACUACACCAGCUGGCCGGACCACGGGGUGCCGGACCAUCCGCUGCCCAUCCUCAGCUUCGUGAGGAAGUCGGCGGCGGCCAACGGGGCUGGCGCGGGACCCAUCCUCGUUCACUGCAGCGCCGGCGUGGGUCGAACCGGGACUUACAUCGUGCUGGACGCCAUGAUGAACAUGCUGAAGCAGCGAGGCACCAUCAACGUGUUCGGCUUCCUGAAGCACAUCCGCACACAGCGCAACUUCCUGGUGCAGACGGAGGACCAGUACAUCUUCACACACGACGCACUGCUGGAGGCCCUGGAGGCCGGGGAGACGGACGUGCGAGCCACGCGGCUUACAGAGUACCUACAACAGCUGCGGUGCUACGAGCCGGGACAGUUCCCGCGCUACACACUGGACCGGCAGUACCAGCUGGUGACCUCGUACCGUCCGACGGAGGUGGACCUGGCCCCGGCGCUAACUCCCUGUAACCAGGCGAGGAACCGGUGUGCCCAGUUUGUUCCCGUGGACCGGUGGAGAGUGCACCUGUCGCCGAGACCUGGGAUCGAGGGCAGCGACUACAUCAACGCUACGCCACUCAUCGGCUACGAGAAGCUGUCCGAGUUCAUAAUCACGCAGCACCCGCUGCCGCACACGGUGGACGACUUCUGGAGGAUGGUCUGGGAGCAUAACGUGCAGACCGUGGUCGUUCUCUCUCCUGUCGAUGACCAGCAUUUUCCACGCUUCUGGCCAUCUCCUGAUGAUGACCUGGACGGAGACAGCUUCCGGGUCCGCUUCGUCGACGAGCCGGCUCCGUCGGCAUCGGCGUUCGCCACUGUCGACCUGGUGCUUCAGUCGUGUCAGGACGACUACCAGGUGUCGGUGCGGGUCAUCUGCUGCCCGGAGUGGCCCCACACGGCCGCCGCAGGGUCGCCCCAUCACCUGAUCGAUGGCGUCCAGCAGGCAACGCUCAAGUACCAGAAUGGACCCAUCGUCGUGGUCGACAGAUUCGGUGGCACCGAAGCGGCGACGUUCUGCUGCUUGACGACGUUGUCGAAGCAGCUGAUGAACGAGAACUCGAUCGAUGUCUACCUGUAUGCCAAGCUGUACCACAUGCGGCGGCCGGGCAUCUGGAGAACUCAGGACGACUUCACGAUGCUGUACCACGCCAUGGAGGGCCUGGUGCGGCCGACGCUGCCGCAGUCCCCCAGCAGUCAGUCGGAGGCGGAGUCCCUGCUGCGGCCACGCAGUCUGCACAGCGGUACGAUGCGUGUGCCCCCCGACGGCCGCGAGUGCUACGUGCCUGCCGAGUGUGUCUGACAGGACCCGAACGCAGCGGGCCGCACCAAGGGAGGCCAGAGACGCGGACGGGAGUGGAAGAAACGGAGAGACGUCAGACUGGCAGAGUGCACGUGCCAAUGUGCCCCCGACUGUCCUGAGAGGGUCACACACUGCCCGGAGGUGUGCUCCGCCUGCCCCACGGAGUGUCCGCCUCGAGUCACAGAACCCAGAGUGGCAAGGGGAGACGCUGUGUUUACUAAUUGUCCCGAGUGUGUUCGAUUAGGCGUGUGAUGUUCUUUGGUGCUUUGAUAUUGUGUAAGGGAGACCUUAUUGUGUGGGUCACCCAUCUACAUGUGGGAUCAAGACCCGAUGGUCUUCUGGAAAUGUACUCAUCUUUGCAGCUUUGCUGAGAGACCAAGCCUAUCUCGUCUAUGGUACUUGUGUCGAAAAACUAUCCGGGGGUAUCCUUCAGUGAGUAGAUAGAUUUCUUAGAGACAAGCGUUCACUGUGUUUCCGAACAAGAGCUUAGUUUGAUAGCGUUCGUGUUUCCGGAAGGUCGCGUAUGAUCUCCAGGUUACCGCAUUGGAAUGGAUUUGUGUUAUUGUUUGUGUACUACGCUGGGGUGUGAGGAAUCUUUGUUUACAUAUUGGAGUGUCCCUCUCGCAGACUGAAGGCUGCCACUCUUCUUUUUAUUUUAUUUCUUUCUAGCUAUCCCCUCUGUGAUUUUUUUUUAGGAGAAAUGCCUGUGUGUCGGCUUUGUUUUUGGAUCCGGCUGUCGUGCUGUCUCGUCGAUUUUCCCUCUGACGUCAUGAGACUCGUCGUGACGGUUGUCGUCGAUGACGAUCACCAAAGAGGAGCGAUUGAAGCAGCUGCGUGAGCAAAUGUCUGCGCGUUUUUACAGGCGUCAUGUACGUUUUCUAUCGACUGUCUUUGCAUUUCCUCUUGUUCUCGUGUUGAGCAUUGUCAGACGAUCAUUUUUGUACGGGUGCGUUCCGCGGCUGACGGUGUCGGUGCGCCGGUUUACAUACAAUAUCGCCGAUUUCGUCUUGUGCGCGCCAGCCACUGUCGUUUUGUUGUUUGAGGUCCGUGUACAUAGCCGCUGUGUUUUUAGUCAGCCAACUGUGAUCGCAAGCAGGUACGGUGUGCGGGAGGGGAGGGCACCCGGGAGGGGAGGCUGGUGACUUUUGAUACCGCAAUCGUACGUCGACAUGGGUCCUAAGCGCAUUGCUUAACACGAUACUUGGUAGAGUAGAUAGUCUUGGAUAGCUGGACGGAUCAGCUACAUGGUGCUGCGUUUAAUGAAGCAUAUGUUCUCUUUCCUCGUUUAAUUUGUACUUUUUAGAUGGCUUUGUUGAGUCUCACGUCUUACUCACUGAAAAGCAAAAGUCGAUAGCUUUUUUACGAGAAGCGACUUAAUAAUUUAUACUCUAGUUCCAGAUUCAAGUCUCGGGCAUUGGUAUGCAUUAUCAUUUGUGCUGUACAGGAAGUUUACAUGACAUGAAUUUGUAUUUCCCUCUGACUGUAAAUAAACGAUUCGAUUUGAUACUCAUGCGGA